AUGCUUCGAUCAUCAACAGCAAAGCAUGUGCUGAAGCAAUGCAGUCGAUCCAGCACCAUCAGACACUAUGCCCAAGCUGCUGUGGCCACAGCUUCAACCAAGAAAACAAAGCGCCUGGUGUUUGACAAUCGCUCCCCUUCAUUUCAGGACUUUUUAUCCAAGCAACAAUCUGUCAAAGCAUCCUCCUCCAUUGAUCAGGCGCUGACGCAACCUGAUAAUAUACCUUAUUUACAUAUGGACAGUAAAACACUGGGUCAAGGCAAAAAGUUUUAUAUCGAAGUGUAUGGAUGUCAGAUGAAUGUCAAUGACACGGAAAUUUUGAACGCUAUCAUGACGAAUACAGGCUAUGAGCGUACCGACACUUUAGACGAUGCUAAUGUUGUCUUUCUCGUCACUUGUGCCAUUAGAGACAAUGCAGAAGUGAGGAUCUGGGAGAGACUCAAGUAUUUGAGACACUACAAGACAAAGAUCAAUACCGAUAGUCCGCCUAUUGUUGGUGUGUUAGGUUGCAUGGCCGAGAGACUCAAAACAAAGCUGUUGGAGCAGGAUCGACUGGUGGAUAUAGUGUGUGGGCCUGAUGGCUAUCGUUCUAUUCCACAUUUGAUAUCCCUGGCCGAGGAAGAGGAAUACACAGAGGGAGUUGCCAAUGUGAUGCUUUCUGCAGACGAGACCUAUGCUGAUGUGAUGCCAAUGCGUUUAGACACAAGCAACGCUUCAGGCUGGGUCUCCAUCAUGCGUGGAUGCAACAACAUGUGCAGUUUUUGUAUCGUGCCAUUUACAAGAGGAAACGAGAGAAGUAGACCUAUUGAUUCCAUUUUGGAUGAAGUGCGAUAUUUGAAUGACCAGGGCGUGAAAGAAGUAACUGUGCUGGGCCAGAAUGUCAAUUCUUAUAGAGACGAAUCCGAGUCAAAGUACUUUAUGUCUGGUACCGAUGUGGGAUCAAGCCUUAGUAACUCAGGCUUCAAGACUAUCUACAAGCGUAAGGAUGGCGGUCGUAGAUUCACUGAGCUGCUGGAUCAAGUCAGUUUGAUCAAUCCAGAGAUGAGAAUUCGUUUUACCUCACCUCAUCCAAAAGACUUCCCCACCGACUUGUUGCACUUGAUUGCUUCUCGACCCAACCUUUGCAACUCGAUCCAUCUUCCCAUCCAAUCUGGAAGCAACACUGUCUUGGAGCGCAUGCGUCGUGGAUACACUCGAGAAGCCUACCUGUCCCUUGUGGAGGAAAUGCGCAAUAUCAUACCCGAUGUAUGGAUCAGCAGCGAUUUUAUCACUGGAUUCUGUGGCGAGACAGAGGCUGAGCACCAGGACACUGUAAGCUUGAUGGAGCAAGUGAAAUACGAUACUGCCUUUAUGUUUGCCUACAGUAUGCGCGAAAAGACACAUGCUCAUCGUCGCUACAAGGAUGAUGUGACAGACAGCGAUAAGGCCAGACGAUUGCAAGAGAUUGUCACUACCUUCCAUGCGCAGGCAUCGAAGAAGAAUCAAGGAUUGAUUGGAUCCAGACAGUUGGUGUUGAUCGAUUCGGAGCGGCCCAAGACGAAGAAUGGCAUUGAGACCAAAGUAAGCGGUAGAACAGAUGGUGGACACAAGGUCUUUGUACAAGAAGCACAGCCAGGGGACAGCAGUCUGAAGAAGGGAGAUUAUGUGGAGGUCGAUAUCAAGCAUGCUACCAGCGCUAGUUUGACAGGCCACUUUAUUCAACGUAGUGGCAUUCAACAGUUUACUGCUGCUAGUCAAAAACGAGGAUACUCUACAUAUCCACCUAGAUCCAGUACGGCUAGUCAAUAUCGUCGAUUCUUGAAAGCAGGUGAUGCCGCUGUUGACGGUGUGGACAAGAAGCAUAUCAAGCUGUUGAUCCGUCAAGGAUUUGAGAAUAAGCAAUACCUGACAGAUCCUGAGAUUGAUGUCAAAGUGAAAAACACACUGACGCUCUUGAAGAAUGCUUCUGGAAAGAGAGGUAUUGAGCAUGCUAUUGUUCAUAAUCUAUGCCAGUUAAAGUACUUUGGAGAUAAAGAUAAUAUUAGACCACCUCAUUUCAAUCGCAAACUCUCGCCAAAGCUCCAAAAGCUACACAGCGAGUCUCAAGAGGAACUUGAGCUAGUGAUAGACAUGUUGAAUAAAGAUUUGAAGCUUUGUUUGAGGUGA